UUCAUGGGCGGGGCCAAGGCUGGGGCAGGGGAGUUAGCCUAGGCCCCGCUCCGGCGCCCAGUGGUCCUGCCGCCGGGUCUCACCUCGCCAUGUUUCGUCUGCCUCUGCAGUGUGUCCUCUGGGGCUGCUUGCUGUCCUCUGUCCAUCCAGAACCACCCACUGCAUGCAGAGAAAAACAGUACCUAAUAAACAGUCAGUGCUGUUCUUUGUGCCAACCAGGAUGGAAACUGGUGAAUGACUGCACAGAGGUCACUGAAACGGAAUGCCUUCCUUGCGGCAAAGGCGAAUUCCUAGACACUUGGAACAGAGAGACACACUGCCACCAGCACAAAUACUGUGACCCCAACCUAGGGCUUCGGGUCCAGCAGGAGGGCACUUCAGUAACAGACAACAUCUGCGUCUGUAAAGAAGGCCGACACUGUACAAGCAAGGCCUGCGAGAGCUGUGUCCUGUACCAUUCAUGCUCACCUGGCUUUGGGGUCAAGCAGAUCGCUACAGGAGUUUCUGACACCAUCUGCGAGCCCUGCCCAGUUGGCUUCUUCUCUAAUGUGUCAUCUGCUUUUGAAAAAUGUCGCCCUUGGACAAGGUGUGAGACCAAAGGCCUGGCUGAGCAACAGGCAGGAACAGACAAGACUGAUGCUGUCUGUGAAAAGGUGGACAGGAAGCCACAGGAUAAGGCCCCCUGCACCAAGCAGAUUCCCCAGGAGAUAGACGAUCUUCCUGGCCCCAACCCUACCCCUCCAGUGCAGGAGACUUUACAUGGAUGUCAACCAGUUGCCCAGGAGGAUGGUAAAGAGAGUCGCAUCUCAGUGCAGGAGAGACAGUGAAGCUGGACGCACCCAGGAGUGUGGCCAUGUGGGCAAACAGGCACCUUGCCAGAGAGCCUGGUGCUACUGCUGCUGUGACAUGAGGGUGAGGGACUGGCACUGACUGGGCACAGCUCCUCCCUCCUGCUUGCAUCCCUGCAUGUUGAGACAGGAGACUUAACAGCGGAUGCAGAAACACUUCACCUUGAAGAACCUCUCACUUCAUCCCUUGAGCCCAUCCAGUCUCCCAACUUGUAUUAAAGACAGAGGCAGAACUUUGGUGGUGGUGGUGGGGGCUGUGAUAUAGCAAUAUCCACCAGGCCUUCCGAUCCAGCAGUUUGGUGCCCCGAGAGGCGUCGUAGUGGCUUCCCUGCACACAGGAAGCCACAUACAUGGAUGCCCACUGCAGCGUUGUUUGUGAUAGUAAACAACGGGAUGCUGCUUAACUGUCCAUCAGCAGGAAACCCGCACUUUGGGUCCUGAGCUAAAUAAAAUUGGAAUAUGUUUAUACAA